AUGUCUUUCUUCUCUACACCACGAUUUCAGGAGGAUUCCUGCUCCUUCCUCUUGGACUGCAAUUCUCUGGUGGAUAGAUCUUGUGAUCUGUUGGCCUUUCAUGCUUCUUCAGAUCAAGGCUAUUUCAGUUCUUACGGCAGCCUGUCACCUACCUCUUCUAUAGACUCCUUUAGCUUUUCUCCAAAUUCACUCCGAGUCAAAACUGAGCAAGAUCCACUGGACUGCUUCAUCGUCAGUGGUGAACCCGUGCAGACCGCCACUACUACCAAGAUCCUGACAGAGCCUGCCUCAGUGGACUCUAUAAAGAAGAAGUCCAGGUACCAGGGUAAGAAGAGGCAGACUGCCAGCGAGAGAGAGAAGCUGAGGAUGAGGGAUCUGACCAAAGCCCUGCAUCAUCUCAGGUCUUACCUACCGACUUCUCUGGCUCCCAUGGGACAGACUCUUACCAAGAUCGAGACUCUGCGCCUCACCAUACGCUACAUUUCCCACCUGUCCACUCAGCUGGACAUCACUCAGGACCUCCUUGAGCAGAGACCCUCUGGUUGUGUGGAGAGCCCCCUGUUUACCUCUUCCCCAGUGCAGGAGUCCACAUUCAGCAGCAGCAGCAGCAGUCUGCUUGGAUCCUGUGCUUACAUGGUCUCCAGUGGACUCUGGGACUCAGCUCAGCUGGGCUGGGUUCCUCAGGGACAGCACCCCCACAUGAGCUUAGACCAACAACACUAA